UCAUCAGAGGGUAAACUGACAAACCUGUGCUGAGCUGUAACCAGUCAUGGCAGACUGGAGUCUACUGGGAAACUUCCUGGAGGAAGUACAGGAGCACUCUACCUCAGUUGGCAAGGUGUGGCUGACCAUCCUGUUUAUCUUCCGUAUCCUGGUACUCGGUACGGCCGCUGAGUCAUCGUGGGGAGAUGAGCAGGAAGAUUUUAACUGUGACACUGAGCAGCCAGGCUGCGAGAACGUCUGUUACGACAGAGCUUUCCCUAUAGCACAUAUACGAUAUUGGGUACUCCAGAUUGUGUUUGUGUCCACUCCGAGUCUCAUCUACAUGGGCCACGCCAUGCACACUGUCCGCAGAGAGGAGAAGAGGAGGAGCAGAGAGCAGGACGGAGGAGAGCGGGAUGGGAGAGAGGAGGACCCAGGAGGAGGUGAAGGUGGAGGCGGUGGAGGACAGGAAAAACAGGGAAGGAAAGGAGACAAGGAUGGAGGAAAGGAGAAAAGAGAAGGUCCAUUAUCAGGUCGAGUUCGCCUGAGGGGAGCUCUGCUUCAGACCUACAUAAUGAGUAUUCUCAUACGAAGCGUCAUGGAGGUGGUGUUUCUGUGUCUGCAGUACUACCUGUAUGGAAUCCUUCUCAAUUCUCUCUAUGUCUGCCAGGCCAGGCCAUGUCCACAUCCGGUGAACUGUUAUGUCUCCAGGCCGACAGAGAAAAAUGUCUUCAUAGUGUUCAUGCUGGUUGUGUCGGUCGUCUCCCUGGUUCUCAAUGUGCUCGAACUGCAUCACCUGGCAUGGAAACACUGCUGCAGGCAGUUCGUCUUGCCCACAAAGGCCAUCACUCCUAACACUGCCCCUCCGGCCCGGCAGCUCUCACUAUCCCCCCCACCUCCAGACUUCAACCAGUGUGUGAUUGGCUCCUCGCACUUCCUGCCCCUGCCAUUCCCCAACCACCGACUGGCUAACCAACAAAACUCUGAGAACAUGGCCACAGAAAUAAACAAAAUGGCUGCAGAAGUAGAGGAAGUAAAUAUGAUGAACUGCUACUUGCCUGGAUGGCAGAAUACAGGUAAUAAUCCGAUCCAAGAUGGCGGAUACCUGAGGACUGACACUAACUGCUACAGCCCUGGGAGCAGGGACGUCAGCUGCCCUCAGAUCCAAAGUGGCGGCCCAGACGUACUGCUCCUUUGCCAGAAUGGAGGCCUCUGUCAGAAGGACAAGCGGAGAUUCAGCAAAACCAGUGGAACAAGCAGCAGAACGAGAGCGGACGACCUCUCUGUUUAGAAAAAAAACAGAUUCUACU